AUGGGACAUCUCAUCACUGUUGCGACUUGUUCGCUGAACCAGUGGGCAUUGGACUGGGAAGGAAAUGCCGCUCGAAUUAUUGAGAGUAUCCAAAAGGCAAAGGCAGCUGGAGCUCGCCUGCGUGUCGGUCCUGAACUGGAGAUAUGCGGCUACGGAUGUCUCGACCACCUCCUCGAGCAGGACCUCUACCUGCACUGUUUCGAGAUGCUUCGUCGCAUCCUGCUCGACGAGACAUGUCACGGCAUCCUCCUCGACAUCGGUAUGCCCGUGCAGCACCGCAACCAGCGCUUCAACUGCCGGGUGCUCUGCCUCGACGGCAAGAUUCUCAUGAUCAGGCCCAAGAUGUGGCUCGCUAACGAUGGUAACUACCGCGAGAUGCGCCACUUCACGCCCUGGAUGCAUCCCAGACAGACGGAGCAGUACCAUCUGCCCCGGAUCCUCCAGGAUAUCCAGGGGUCUACCCACGUCAUCUUUGGCGACGCCGUGGUUUCCACUCCCGAUACGUGCUUUGGAGCAGAGACCUGUGAAGAGCUCUUCACGCCCAACGCCCCACACAUCGCAAUGAGCCUCGACGGCGUGGAGAUCAUCACCAACUCCAGCGGCUCACACUUCACCCUGCAGAAGCUCGACACUCGUCUCCAGCUCAUCAUGGAAGCCACGCGCAAGUGCGGCGGCGUCUACCUUUACGCCAAUCAACAGGGUUGCGACGGCGACAGGCUGUACUACGACGGCUCCGCCAUGAUCUUGGUCAACGGAGACGUCGUGGCUCAGGGGUCGCAAUUCAGCCUGAAUGAUGUUGAGGUCGUCACGGCCACUGUCGAUCUUGAAGAAGUUCGCGCCUACCGUUCGGCCAUCUCUCGCGGUUUCCAGGCUGCGCGAUCUGAUGCCAAGUAUCAGCGGAUCCAGACUGCUUUUGAGCUCAGCUCCGAGGACGAGGACGCGGAUAUCAUGAUCACCCCUUCGCCCCCUAUCAAGCCCAAGUAUUACUCGGUUGAGGAAGAGAUUGCUCUAUGUGCUGGCUGCUACCUCUGGGAUUAUCUCCGCAGAUCCGGAACUGCAGGUUACUUGGUACCCCUGAGUGGAGGAAUCGACUCUUGCGCCACAGCGACAAUCGUCUUCUCCAUGUGUCGCAUCGUAAUGAAGGCCGUAGAGGAGGGUAACGCCCAGGUAAUCGAGGACGUCAAGCGCCUGGCAAAGUACGACGGCGAAGGCGUGCUCCCCAAGACGCCCCAGGCCCUCUGCAACCAAAUCUUCUCAACCAUCUACAUGGGCAUGAAAACGCAGAGCUCCGUCGAGACGCGUCAGCGCGCCAGGGACCUCGCCGAAGCCAUUGGCAGCUACCACAUCAACCUCGACAUUGACGACGUCUACAACGCCCAAAAGAGCCUCGCCGUCACGGCGCUCAACUUUGAGCCGAGGUUCAAGGUCGAGGGCGGGACGAACCAGGAGAAUCUGACGCUUCAGUGUAUCCAGGCGAGAAUCCGCAUGGUGACCGCGUACGAGUUUGGGCAGCUUCUUCCCACGGCCCGCGGACGACCUGGCGGUGGAGGUCUGCUUGUUUUGGGCAGUGCAAAUGUCGGAGAGUCCCUCAGAGGCUACUUUACCAAAUAUGAUUGUUCCAAGGAGUCUGGACUAGUCCGUCUGCGUGUUAUUCGACAGAACCGAUAUCCUAUCUCCUGCCUACAUCCUGGUAUUAUUGCCAGUGCGGAUAUCAACCCGAUUGGCUCCAUCGACAAAGCCGACCUCAAACGCUUCAUCGCGUGGGCCGAAAAGGACUUCAACAUCCCGUGUCUCCACGACUUCCUAACGGCGGUCCCGACCGCAGAGCUUAGCUGCGGCUCAACUCAUGCGCCAGCAUCCUCCCUUGAACCCAUCUCAGAGACCUAUGUACAGAGCGACGAGGUGGACAUGGGCAUGACCUAUCAAGAGCUGACCAUCAUGGGCCGCCUCCGCAAGGUGAACAAGCUGGGCCCGUACGGCAUGUUCCAACGCCUUGUCCACGACUGGAGCGUCGACCGCAAGCGUGGUCCCGAUGAUGAUGCUCCCGCGUACGAGCCUAGCCAGACGGCCGAUAAGGUCAAGAAGUUUUUCCACUUUUACGCCAUCAAUAGACACAAGAUGACGACGCUUACACCGGCUCUUCACUGCAAUGACUACUCACCCGACGACAAUAGGUUCGACCUCCGACCCUUCUUGUAUCCCCCCUUCUGGAAGAGCUGGAGUUUCAAAAAGAUUGAUGCGGAGCUUGCAAAGAUUGAGAAGCGGAGGGCAAAGACCAAGGCAUAA